AUCUACUACUCUUUCUAAUUGGUAAUUAGAAUAUUUAAUUCAGAAAUUUCUUCACAUUAAGAUAAUUUCAUCGAAUCUAAGGACUUAUUUUAAAUAAUAAAAAAUAUCGGGGUUGUUUUAUAAAAUGUGGACUUAUUAAAUAUGUCGGAAUACCAAGUCAUGUUCCUCCCCUAUUGCUGAAAAAUUCAGAAACGCGGUGAGAGGGAGAGACAUGAUGUAAAUCUCUCAGCUCCUUAAAUUUCUCCUUUCUUUGGCUUUCUCUUUCGUUUCCCAGAAUCUCCACGAACCCUUAAAGAUUGUUCAACGUUUCUUCUUUGACUCCUUGAGAUCAAAUCCAUUUUCCUUUUCCUUCUUGAUAAUAAUGUGUCCGUUGAGAUUCCUAUUGGUGUUCUUCUCUGCGGUUCUCGCCGGAUAUUUCGCGUGGAAGACGGUGAGCUCUUCGCCUGAAAUCAUCUCAGACGACGACGACGGCUCACCGGUCGAAUUGAAUGAGAAACAAGGACUCUGUUUCAAAAAGAAGAUGGAGAAAGGGUUCUGGGUGUUCGUCGACAUGGCCAGCGGCAAAUACCUUUGGAGGAAUCUCAAGCUGAUGAGCGAGAAAGCGAUUUAGUUCAAAAUGUCUUCCUUGUGCAGAAAGUUAAAGAAGAAGGUUCAUAUUAUAUGUUUAGAUGAGUUCAUAAAGUAACCCUCUGUUUUGUUCUAAUACUCACCCUGAAUUUUUUUGUAAUUUUGAUACUUGUGUUUGUAAAUCUGGCAACAAAAUUAAUCAAAAGUUUGUACUAACUUUCAACCAA